GCGAACAUCUCUGGGCGCAACUAGGCCAGCGAUUCCCAGAGCCCUGGAACCCAACGUGCGCAAAAGCACCUCUUGGAGCUCCUCUCCCACCGUCUCUCGUCCUCCCGAGCUGGGCCGCCCCCUGCGCGGCCCCUGCGGCUCUUGGCACGGCCCCGCGCUCGGCUGCUGCCCUGGCGCGCGCCACACUGUCGUCCCCGGACGGGCGCGGACCAGCUCGACCCGGGCGCCGGCGGCUGGGGAGGGGGCGCUGGCCUCGGGGUCGCGCAUGCGCCUCCACCAGCCUGGGGCUGUCAGUGGAGGGCGAGUGCUGGUUCCGAGGAGAGACGACGCCCUUCGGGGCCAACGGGCCGCAUGCUGAGGCGGCCGUGGGAACGACUCAUCCCUUUUCCAGCCCUGGGGCGGGGCUGGGGUCAGGGUCGGGGCCGGUGGGGGCUCCGCCCCCGACUCCUGGCCUGCCCCCGUCUUGGGCCGCGAUGAUGGCGGCCCUGUACCCGAGCACGGACCUCUCGGGCGCGUCCUCCUCCUCCCUGCCUUCCUCCCCAUCCUCCUCUUCGUCGCCGAACGAGGUGAUGGCGCUGAAGGAUGUACGGGAGGUGAAGGAGGAGAACACACUGAAUGAGAAGCUUUUCUUGCUGGCGUGCGACAAGGGUGAUUAUUAUAUGGUUAAAAAGAUUUUGGAGGAAAACAGUUCAGGUGACUUGAACAUAAAUUGCGUAGAUGUGCUUGGGAGAAAUGCUGUUACCAUAACUAUUGAAAAUGAAAACUUGGAUAUACUGCAGCUUCUUUUGGACUACGGUUGUCAGUCUGCAGAUGCACUUUUGGUGGCAAUCGACUCUGAAGUAGUGGGAGCUGUUGAUAUACUACUUAAUCAUCGACCAAAACGAUCAUCAAGACCAACUAUAGUAAAACUAAUGGAACGAAUUCAGAAUCCUGAGUAUUCAACAACUAUGGAUGUUGCUCCUGUCAUUUUAGCUGCUCAUCGUAACAACUAUGAAAUUCUUACAAUGCUCUUGAAACAGGAUGUGUCUCUACCUAAGCCCCAUGCAGUUGGUUGUGAAUGCACAUUGUGUUCUGCAAAAAACAAAAACGACAGCCUGCGACAUUCCAGGUUUCGUCUUGAUAUAUAUCGAUGUUUGGCCAGUCCAGCUCUAAUCAUGUUAACAGAGGAAGAUCCAAUUCUCAGAGCAUUUGAACUUAGUGCUGAUUUGAAAGAACUAAGCCUUGUGGAGGUGGAAUUCAGGAAUGAUUAUGAGGAACUAGCCCGGCAAUGUAAAAUGUUCGCUAAAGAUUUGCUUGCACAAGCCCGAAAUUCACGUGAAUUGGAAGUUAUCCUAAAUCAUACUUCUAAUGAUGAGCCUCUUGACAAACGGGGAUUACUAGAAGAAAGAAUGAAUUUAAGUCGUCUAAAACUUGCUAUCAAAUAUAACCAAAAAGAGUUUGUCUCCCAGUCUAACUGCCAGCAGUUCCUGAACACUGUUUGGUUUGGACAGAUGUCAGGUUACCGACGUAAGCCCACCUGUAAGAAGAUAAUGACUGUUUUGACAGUAGGCAUCUUUUGGCCAGUUUUGUCACUUUGUUAUUUGAUAGCUCCCAAAUCUCAAUUUGGCAGAAUCAUUCACACACCUUUUAUGAAAUUUAUUAUUCAUGGAGCAUCAUAUUUUACAUUCCUACUGUUACUAAAUCUAUAUUCUCUUGUCUACAAUGAGGACAAGAAAAACACAAUGGGGCCAGCCCUUGAAAGAAUAGACUACCUUCUUAUCCUGUGGAUUAUUGGAAUGAUUUGGUCAGACAUUAAAAGACUCUGGUAUGAAGGGCUGGAAGACUUUUUAGAAGAAUCACGUAAUCAACUUAGUUUUGUCAUGAAUUCCCUUUAUUUGGCAACCUUUGCCCUCAAAGUGGUUGCUCACAAUAAGUUCCAUGAUUUUGCUGAUCGAAAGGAUUGGGAUGCAUUCCAUCCUACACUGGUGGCAGAAGGGCUUUUUGCAUUUGCAAAUGUUCUGAGUUAUCUUCGUCUCUUUUUUAUGUAUACAACCAGCUCUAUCUUGGGUCCACUACAGAUUUCAAUGGGACAAAUGUUACAAGACUUUGGAAAAUUUCUGGGGAUGUUCCUUCUUGUUUUGUUUUCUUUCACAAUUGGACUGACACAACUGUAUGAUAAAGGCUAUACUCCAAAAGAACAGAAGGACUGUGUAGGCAUCUUCUGCGAACAGCAAAGCAAUGAUACCUUCCAUUCGUUCAUUGGCACUUGCUUUGCUUUGUUCUGGUAUAUUUUCUCCUUAGCACAUGUGGCAAUCUUUGUCACAAGAUUUAGUUAUGGAGAAGAAUUGCAGUCCUUUGUUGGAGCCGUUAUUGUUGGUACAUACAAUGUCGUGGUUGUGAUUGUGCUUACAAAGCUGCUGGUGGCAAUGCUUCAUAAAAGCUUUCAGUUGAUAGCAAAUCAUGAAGACAAAGAGUGGAAAUUUGCUCGAGCAAAAUUGUGGCUUAGCUACUUUGAGGAUAAAUGUACAUUACCCCCACCUUUCAACAUCAUUCCUUCACCAAAGACUAUCUGCUAUAUGAUUAGUAGCCUCAGUAAAUGGAUUUGCUCUCAUACAUCAAAAGGCAAAGUCAAACGACAAAACAGUUUAAAGGAAUGGAAAAACUUGAAACAAAAGAGAGAUGAAAACUACCAAAAAGUGAUGUGUUGCUUAGUGCAUCGUUACUUGACUUCCAUGAGACAGAAGAUGCAAAGUACAGAUCAGGCCACUGUGGAAAAUCUAAAUGAACUGCGCCAAGAUCUGUCAAAAUUCCGAAAUGAAAUAAGGGAUUUACUUGGAUUUCGGACUUCUAAAUAUGCUAUGUUUUAUCCAAGAAAUUAACCAUUUUCUAAAUCAUGUAGAGAAUAAUUUUCAAUAACAAAUCUGAAAGACUGCACUUGGAGUUAAAUUAACAAGAUAUAUAUUGAAAUAAAGAAUCAUAUAAAAGCCAUUCUUUAAAAUAUUUGUUGGGUAAAUAUAUGUUAUGUAAAGUAUGUAUAGAAGAAUAGCUUUUUUAAACCUUUAGUUAGCGGCUUUUUUGAGGAGCAAAACAAAUUAAGUAGAUAGAUUUUGUUAGCAUGCUGCUU